ACUUAUAUUUUUAAUGAUUUCUUAGAAAAGUUAAAAACGUGUGUCCUUUGAGCUCAAUUAAGUUGGCUAUAUUACCAAUAGCCAGCGUUUGCUCAUAGUUACCAAACCUGUGAUAUUCAUGCAAAAGUAUAUGCUUUACUAAAAUCAAUAUUUACAGACAAAUGAUUAGCAUGAAAAACAUUAGUCUUCUUACCGUCUUGAGUUUUAAUCGUGGACAAACAUGGUUCACUUUGUUACUUGUUAUGACUCUCGUACAAAUGUUACCACCGGUGACUGGUCAACCACUAGGACCGGAAGAUCCAACCGAGAACAACAAAUCAGUAGCCACCAUCAUUGAAAUUGUAGCCGUUAUGAUCCUCUUCUCCGGUUUCCUUUCUCUAUACUCAUCUAGAUGUAGUGAUCGUCAACAAGGGGUUGUUUUCGACCUCAGUUUACCUACCGGUGGAAGUGGUCUUGGGGCACAAAACAACGAACCAAGUGACGGUCUCAACCAAGAUGUUAUCGACACAUUCCCAACUUUUCGUUACUCCAACGUGAAGGGACACAAGAUUGGAAAAAGCAAUUUGGCUUGUGCUGUUUGCUUGAAUGAGUUUCAAGACGAUGAAACAUUGCGUUUAAUCCCUAAAUGUAGCCAUGUGUACCACCAUGGUUGCAUUGAUAUUUGGCUUGUUUCUCAUAAUACUUGCCCUGUUUGUCGUGCUAACCUUGAUCCAAGAUCUACCGAUACGAUUGUGCCUACAACUAUAACCAUUCAAAUACCAGAAGGAGAAUUACAUCAUAAUGAGGAAGAAGUAGAACAUGGUAUUCAAGAGGAACAAAAGAGAAACAAAAUUGAAGCGGAACAUUCAACAAAGGUAAAUUUACUUCGUAGGUCUCACACAUAUUGUGCAUCAACACGAUCAAGAUCUAUAGGAUUCUUACCUGUUAUCUUGUUAUCACGGUCGAAUUCGACGGGUGUGUUGGUGCAACCAGGUGAGGAUUGUGAGAGGUUUACAUUGAGGUUACCUGAUGAAGUACGACAUCAAAUGAUGGUGAAUACAACUACGCAUAAACGUGCACAAAGUUGUGUGAGUUUUACGAGAAUGAGUAGUGGCACACGCGGUUAUAGGUCAAAAAGUGUUGGGUGUGGAAGUGGAUGGGGUCACAUGCAUUACGAAAGGUUUGAAAGUGAGGAGGAAGAAAACUUAGAGUUCGUUAGAAACAGUUGGAAUAAUAAAUCUGUUAGAAAAUCUCCGGUGAAGUGUUUGGAAGUUAAUAUGGAUAAUUAUGGAGGUGAACGAUCGUCCAAUCUUUUGUUUCCUGUGUAGUUUGUUGCAAUAGUUGAUCAUUGUCACUUGUUGAAAUACUUCUUCUUUUCCAUUCAAUAAUAAAAUUUGAUUGUAAACAAAA